UUGAUGAAGUUUCAGUUUGCUGUACGAGUCAGGAUUCAUACAACAGUUUCUUCACCCACAGCUAAACUAAAUAAUUCAACUCAAACCACUGAUGUUAACACUGAAACGCGAACUGGUAACGAGCGGACGUGCACGCACAGAUUGAAAGAAAAGUUUUUUCUUGUUCUUGAAGAAUAAGGACACGUGUAAGGUUUCAGGAUGCAAACUUUACUGCAGUUGCAUCCUAACUGCAAUAUGUGUGCUUGAUAUGAAGAUGACGAGGAUGAUGGUGCUUGUGUGCGCGGCGAUUAUUGGAUGUUGGAGAUGCGCUCUGAGCAACAGAUACUGUCCUGAUUUAAUGAUUGACAGCUGUCACUGUACCGCCGAGAGAUCAAAGGAGUUUAAUAGACAGACCGUCCGCGUCAAAGUCAUUUGUGACGACGCGGACCUGACGGAGACCAUGCCGCCCAGCUCUUUACCCAACAACACGGUGUCACUACUCCUGAGCAACAAUAAGAUCUCAGUAGUGAGAAAUAACUCAUUCACCAGACUGGGAUCUCUGGAGAGAUUAGAUCUCAGAGGGAAUCUCAUCAGCAGAAUUUCUCCCGGUGCAUUUAAUGGUCUGACAGCUCUGAAGAGAUUGGAUCUCUCCAACAACAGGAUUGGUUGUUUCUCUCCUGAUAUGUUUCUCAACCUUGGCCGCCUCUCAAAACUUAAUUUGUCUGGGAAUAUUUUUUCCACACUGCCGGAGGGUCUGUUCACACAUUUGCCUUCCCUGAGAACUCUACACUUCAGCACAGAUUAUCUGUUCUGUGACUGUCAGCUGCAGUGGUUGUUGGAGUGGAUCAGAGCUCAUUCACUACGUGUAGGAAAUGAAAGCGUAUGUGUGUAUCCCACCCGGCUUCAUGGUCUUGAAUUCAGCUAUCUUCAAGAACAUCAGCUAACAUGUGACGGACCUCUGGAGCUCCCUGUCCUCCAGCUGAUCCCGAGUCAGAGGCAGCUGGUGUUUCAUGGUGAUCGUUUGCCUUUGCAGUGCACAGCCUCUUAUCUCCAUCCUUCAGUCAAACUCACAUGGGUUCAUGAGCAGCGGCCCGUGCACACGCUGGAGGAGAGAAGUGUGCACGUGGAGGAAAGCAUCAUUCAUGACUGUUGCCUCAUUACCAGUGAGCUCAUUUUAUCCAACAUUGAUGUCAGUGUUUCCGGUAAUUGGCAGUGUCAUGUGACCAGUUCCCGUGGCAACAGCUCAAUCGGCAUGGAGAUCGUGGUUCUGGAGACGUCUGCGGUGUACUGUUCGGCUGAGAGGAUCAGCACUAAUAAAGGUGACUUCAGGUGGCCGAAGACUUUAGCUGGACUUAUGGCUUUCCUACCCUGUACAGUUCCCAGCUUUAGCUCCGCCUCUCACGAGAAGAGGGCGUGGCGUAGGUGUGACAGAACAGGCCAUUGGACAGAGGACGAUUACAACCAGUGUUCCUAUACAAGCGAGUUAACCCGCAGCCUGCACAAAUUCACACAGAUACCAGUAAAUAUUUCUACUGCUCUGGCUUUAGCGCAGCAGAUCUCCUCUUUCACCAGCAGGGCGGCACUCUUUGGAGACAUGAUGGAUGUCAUAUUUGUUACGCACCUCGUAGAAAGACUCACACGUUUGGUUGAUCAUAUCAGAGAGUUGUGUGAUCACGUGUUCGACAUUGCCAGUAACAUGAUGCAGGUGGAUGAACACAUUCUCUGGAUGGCACAGAACGAAGCUCGCGCCUGUACGCGUAUCGUCCAGUGUGUGGAGCGAAUCGCGGAUGUCGUGCUCAACACAAACACAUCCAUCUUAUCAAAGAUCUCUCCUAACAUUGCUCUAGAGGCUUUUAGGAUCCAAUCAUCUGGUGUCAUGGGUUUAUUGUGUACUGUGGUGCAGCGUUUGCAUAUAGCGCCCCCUAUGCCCGACAGUAAGGGGGUUGAUGAUACCGGGACAGAGCAGAACACCCUGUUAAACAUCAGAUGUCACACUGUCAAUGCUUCGGGGUCACCCAUCAACCAGCUCAGCCAGGACACGGUGCCCAUCGCCUCCAUACAUUUGCCGCUGUCUAUAGAUAACGGCACCUGCACCCUGCAGCUCAUCGUCUUCCGCAAUGGGAAACUCUUUCCUCGCACCGGGAAUUCGUCAAAUCUUGCGGAUGAUGGGAAGCGCAGAAGCGUUUCGACACCAGUUGCGUUCACCAAAUUAGAUGGGUGUAGCCCCGUGCAGCCCGUGACAGUCUCUCUUCGACACUGGUCUUUGGGUGUAGACCCCACCGCAGCAUACUGGGAUUUUGAGCUGCUCGAUGGACACGGCGGCUGGAGGGCGGAUGGGUGCCACAUAACAGGCUCCGGACACAACGCGACCACCAUCAGCUGCGCGCAGGGCCACAGCAACCUCGCCGUGCUCAUGGAUCUGAAGAAGGUCUUGUCCUUCCCUCCGUACCCUGGAGACUUUCUGCACCCGGUGGUGUACGCCUGCACGGCCGUUAUGCUUCUGUGUCUGUUCGCCUCCAUCAUCACCUACAUAGUGCACCACAGCACAAUCCGAAUCAGUCGGAAAGGAUGGCACAUCCUCCUGAACUUCUGUUUCCACACGGCUCUCACAUUCGCCGUGUUUGCUGGAGGCAUUAACCGAAUCAAGUAUCCAAUCAUCUGUCAGGCUGUGGGUGUGGUCCUGCAUUUCUCCUCUCUGUCCACUAUAAUCUGGUUGGGUGUGACUGCACGAAACAUCUACAAACAGGUGACCAGGAAAGCACAGCAAGCACAAGAUGGAGAUCUUCCUCCAGCUCAACCUGCCAAAUCUCCCAUGCUGAGAUUUUAUUUAAUCAGUGAAGGAGUUCCCAUCAUUAUCUGUGGUAUCACGGCAGCCAUCAACACUGAGAACUAUGGCAGCGGUGAACAGACACCAUUUUGUUGGAUGGCAUGGGAGCCCAGUUUAGGUGCGUUUUACGCACCCACCACCUUCAUCGUACUGGUGACCUGUAUUUAUUUCCUCUGUACCUUCAUUCAGCUGCGCAAACACCCUGAGAGGAAAUAUGAGCUGAAGACGGUUACAGAAGAGCAGCAGAGAUUGGCAGACGUUACACAUUGUCACCAUCAGGGGGAACCAGAAGCUCCUGGAAGUGAUGGAGGACGUUGCCAUGAAGGUUGUCCUGGGCUCAUUAACCCUUGUCUGUUGGUAAAUGAGCACUCAUUUAAGGCCCAGCUGCGGACCGCUGCCUUCACGCUGUUUUUGUUCAUGGCAACAUGGACGUUCGGCGCCUUGGCCGUAUCGCAGGGUCAUUUUCUGGAUAUGAUCUUUAGUUGCCUGUACGGGGCGUUUUCCGUCACACUCGGUUUAUUCAUCCUUAUCCACCACUGCGCCAAACGCGAUGACGUGUGGCACUGCUGGUGCUCGUGUUGCCCUGGUAGACGACCCAAGAGUUGCCAGGGUCACGUCCACGGGCGGCCCAAAGUCAAUGUUAACGGUGACACCCAUAGCCACUGCCAUCCAGAUUCACCUUGUCCUGGUAAAUCGAUACUGAGUCACUCGCAUUGCCGAGGCUCCGGUGGCCUUUGUAAGCGGAGCGGACAGAAUCACGUGACCUGCCUGUCGCCGGUUUCACCCUGCUGCGCCGUUCUACACACGCAGGACGAGGCGAGCCCUCGCGUGCUGCUUCACGCCGACCCAGAAGGUUAUAGGCCCGCCGUGCACCUCCAUCGCUGCUUGAAGCCCUCCAGGACUAAGGCGAGACACCAGGGCUGCCACCGGGCUGUCGACAGGGAGUUGUCCUUCCACAUCACUUCGUCUAGCGCAGAUGGAGGUAGCGCCCACAGCUCACGCACCAACAGCCCGCACAGCCUGCAUGAGCGCCAGGGCCACGUUUGCCAUCUGGCGCACGAAGGGCACCACCUUUGCCACCACGAGGCUCCAGUUUGCCACGCCGCGCUAUGCCAUCAGCACGUGUGCUGCGCCAAGGACGAGCUUCUUUGCCAGCCAGAGGCGGGCGAGACUGGCACUUUCCUUUGCAGCUGUGGGAAGAUAGCAGAGGAUGAAAUAAUGGCAACGCAUCACGCUCCCAUUGAGAUGCAUCCUCGCAGACAAUCCAUCAAUCUGCGCAAUCAGAACGGAAUUCUUAAAGGAAGCGUGAAUGAGGGUCUGAUUUAUCCUGCUGAUACAACAGGGAAUAUACGCACCGGACCCUGGAGAAAUGAAACUACUGUGUAGUUUAAGUGCAAUGAACUUAACUUCCAACGCUAGGAAUUAAAAAAGGAACUUGUUGUACCGUCACAAGUUUUAUGAACUCUUUUCAGCAUUCAUCAUUGUACAGGAUGUUGGCAUCGAUUCCUUAAAUCUUACAAAUGAAACACAAGCAUCAGAUUUGGAGCACACAUUCACUGGCCGUGUACACACUGCUGCUUUAUACGAUUGCCACUUCUCUACAUUACAUUUCCAUUCGUGCACUUGGCAGAUUUCUUUAAUCCAUGAAUCAAACAUUUUAAUCAGUAUGUGAGUUCCUUGGGUUCAAACCCAUGACCUUUUGCAAUGCUCUACCAUUGAGCUAUACAUGAACAGUUUGCUAAUAGUAUUGUUUUAGUGUUGUUGUAGUGCCUGAUUCACUAAUGUAAUUAUUAAAUUCAUGUUUGAUGGUUAUAGAUGGUGAAACAUUGCUUGGGAGUGACUCCUGUAUUCUGUACACACACACAAUGACCGUUUUGGAGAUUUAAUCCUAUGUUUAAAUUCUGUUGUCACUCCCAGUACAUCAGUGUAUACACGGCCAGCGUGUUUGUACCAAGCAGGUACGAGUAUCAUUACAGGUAACAAACAUUGCUGUAGUGUGUGUGUUUGUGCAAAAGAAUAUUGUAUGUCUGAGUUUAUGCAAUCGCAAUCAAGUUUAUGUGAUGAAAGUAUUUCAAAGGAUUUGCCAUAUUUAUUUUUAUAGGCGUAUUUGACAGUCACACAAAUGUCGAAAUUAUUUCUAAGUAUUGGGGGAAAAACACAAAAAGUACAUGUAGAAAAGUCACCAGCAACCUAAACAUUCGUGGUUCAUUAGCUGAAAAUGCUUGAUAUAUACUGUGAAUACCAACUAGUUAAAACUUAGUAAUACACAAAAAAGGCCUGCUUCUGUCCGACCUCUGUUCAGCUGUUAAAAUGUGUAAUGUAAACAUACAAAACUCUGUUCCAAAACCUAACCAGCUGCCUAGAAAAAAAAAAUUUCACUCUUUUGUAAAGGCUUUCGAAAGAUGGAAAGAAAAAUUCUGCUGACUCAAAGUCAUUAUGAUUUUGUCUAAGCUAUUAAUGAAUAUAUGACAAUUCAUAUUUCAUUUGUCUAAUCUUAAUAUUUUAAUAGGUAGAUUGAGUAACUUGAGUCUAAAUUGGUUUGAUUCAUUUUAAAAUCCAUGAAGCCGCAUUCUCUCACUAAUCUCAAAGUAUUGCAGUACCCUUGUUUGCCGAUAGGUGCCCCCCAAGCAUAAAGGCAAAACUCCGCCUAUGAUCAAAGUUAUUCAUUUUGGAAAAAAUUGAAGUGGUGGACACAUUAAGAGAAAUGUUUAUCGUAAUCAUAACUAUUUAUUUUAAUUUAGUAAUGUGAUUACUGUAAAUCAGUAAUAUGUCAUUAGAAAAUUAUUAAUAUAUAAAAAAUGCACUUUUAUUCAUUAUAUGUGUGUGCUGUUUUUUUACAGCCUUUUUAGCCAUUCAUACAAAUUACAAAAACGUACAUUGUAAAAAAGAUUUGUUGGUUCAACUUAAAAAGUAAAUAACCUGGUUGCCUCAAGCCGCAUUCAGACAGCCAGCGAUGUGAUUGCUGUGUGUUGCCCGUCUCUUUCAAUGAGGCGUUUCUAAAUCUGCUUGUCAUAAACAAAUGAGUACCAUCCACGCCAGCAACUGACGAGAGAAGGAUAACGUAAACUUCACUGCUUCGUUCUCAUUGGUAGUCGCUCCCAAAAUUCGCUCGACAUUUUGUUAAACCUUUCUCGUGUCGCUGGACACGCCCAUACGGUCACCAAAGGUCACUUUCGCUCGUGCCGCCGGAAGUCACCCGGUUUCCAUUGAAAUGAAUGAGAUCGCGUCGCUCUGCUACUGCUGGUCUCUGUCUGUCUGAAUGGGGCGUUAUGCUGCGUUCAGACCAGCUGCGGUAGAGGCGUCAAGCGCGAGUGAUUUCAAUGUUAAGUCAAUGUGAAGACGCAUUGACGCGUGUCUGGAGGUCUCGCGGCACGAGUGAGACGUUUAGCGCAGCGCGUUACACGCGAUUCCGCCUCAUUCGCGCAAAUGGCGCGAAUUGAACGUUGCCGCGGGAAAGCCGCAAGUUGAAAAAUUUGGACUUUGACGAAAAAACGUGGCACGUUAACCAAUCAGGAGCUUGCUCUAGUAGUGACAUGAUUACAGAAAGCAAGCAGAGUCGCAGAAGCCCUUCCCAUGACGCGAAUUACCGUGUGAAUGUCUCGAUGACUAGAAUUACAUGCGCGAAUGAAGCGAGUAAACUCAAAAUGUUCAAGCGGCAAACUAGACGCGGUAGACGCGAAUUUGACACCUCAAACGCAGCUGGUGUGAACCCACAGUUAAAGUUCAGAAUAAAUUCAAUCUAAAAAAAUAUUAGUUAAAGGGGACAUAUCAUGAAAAUCUAAGUUUUUCCAUGUUUAAGUGCUAUAUUUGGGUCCCCAGUACUUCUAUCAACCUAGAAAAUGUGAAAAAGAUCAACCCAGUAUCUUAGUUUUGGUAAACCAUUCUCUGCAAUCAUGUGAAAAAAUAGGUCAUCAGAAUUUGGCUCCCUUUGUGAUGUCAUAAGGGGAUAAUACCGCCCCUUAAAGUCGGAGUGCACAAUGUUUGAAAGCCAAUGUUGAUAUUUGAAAUCACCUAAACAAACACGCCCCUACCCCAACAGAAUCUGGACCUUCUUUUAAAAGACCCGCCCCACACAUACGUAACCCGGCAAGGAUGUCGGUUAGUACAGUGGUUCCCAAACUUUUUCAGCGUGUGGCCCCCCUUGUGUACGGUGCAUCCCUUCGCGGCCCCCCAAAGAAAAUUUGUGACAAAAAACUGUUCUAAAACUCAACAUUAAAUUAUACAAAAAGUAGUGCUUUUGGUUAGUAGCCUGGUUUUUUUAGGUUUAAUUACACAGAGUUCAUGAUAAAUUAAUGUAUUUCAUAAAAUGUCAUAAAACUGGGGCCCCCUGGCACCAUCUCGCGGCCCCCCUGGGGGCCCCGGCCCCCAGUUUGAAAACCACUGGGUUAGUAGACACGCUCCUUACUGCUGAUUGGCUAUAAGUGUGUUUUGGUAGUCGGCCCGUCUCCUUUUCCAAAGCGUUUUUCAAACAUUGUGCACUCCGCUUUUAAUCAGCACUAUCCAACCGCAGCAGCUCAUUUGCAUUUAUAGGGACACACCCAAAAACUGCACAGUAUUGCUUACACAAAGUGCUGUAAUAAAUGAUCUAUACGGUAUUUUGAACUAAAACUUCACAUACGUAAUCUGGUGAUACCAAAGAUUUAUUUUACAUCUUAAAAAAGUCUUGUGAAAUGUCCCCUUUAACUAAAACAAAAUGUGUAAAAACAUUGUGUCAGUUAAUAUUUUUAGGUUGAAUUAACUAAAAAUUUAAAGGCAACCACGUAACUAAGUUGAACCAACAAAUCUUUUUUACAGUGUACAAAUGUGGUUGAACGAAUUAGUACGAAUUACCCACGAAGAUUGCAUUGUUUUUAGCACAAUGCUGAUGUCAAACAUUACAGGAAUGGGCUGUGAUUCAUAUAUUCUGUGUUUUUCGCAUGUAGUAGAAGGCUUUUCAUGUGUCAUUGAGAGUCGCUGAGUGUUUCAGUUAUUUAUGAGAUUUGGAUUUGUUGAGUCAGUAGACAGCGAGGCAGCUCAGUAGAUUUUGGAACAGAUCAACAGCCUCUCUAUAGUUGUUCUGUUACAGAUCUGAGCCAAUUCUUUGCUGUUACUAUGGUAAAUCACUGUUCUGUCAUCACAGAGACGUUUGUACAAGAACAUCAUUAUUGUAUCAACUGGUACUAGCAGGAUACAGUAGAGAACAGUCGUUUGAUUAUGAUUCAUUGGUGAACAGCUGUAGUAAAGGCAGGUAUGUUUAAUGUCACACACUGCUAAAGAAAAACUAGUAAUGUGCACUAGUAAACUAGUCAUCGCUGAAUAAAACAACUGAGUGUAAUCUGAUAUAUUGAUCUGAAGACAAAUGGUUAUAUUAUAAACUGAGCUGUUGUUAUCUGUGUCACAUCGUGUUUUACAGAGCGAUUACUGGAGUGAACCAAAUGUCUUUGUCAUGUUUUACCCCAAAAUGAAAAGGAAACCUGGAAAUAUCUU